UGUCAAAAUAUUACGCAGCCACUGUGAGUGCGUGCUUGUUUGUGUUUUCUAUGUACACGCUGAAGCCAUGGCAGCCAAAAUGGAGCUUGCACCUCUCAGACCGUGGGAUGAUUUCUUCCCUGGUACGGACCGUUUCGCUAAACCAGAGUUCUCAGAUUUAACAAAGUGGAACAACCGAGUGAUCAGCAAUUUACUGUACUACCAGACUAAUUACUUCGCCGUGGCCGUGGUGGUUUUCCUCAUUGUGGGCUUCUUCAACCCAUUUGCCUUGUUCUUGGGAGGAACUGUGGUGACUCUGGUCUUCGCGGGCUCAGUGUGGGCUGGGGAGAACAAGGCCACUAUCAAGAACUUCAAAAGGAAGAACCCCACUCUGUUCGUCAUCGGUGUCAUGGUCACAAGUUACUUUGUGCUGUCGUUGUUCGGUGGAGUCUUGGUCUUCAUCUUUGGAAUCACAUUCCCUUUGCUGUUAAUCCUGAUUCAUGCCUCCCUGAGACUGCGCAACAUGAAGAACAGACUGGAGAACAAGAUCGAAGGUGUUGGACUGAAGAAGACCCCCAUGGGCAUCAUCAUGGACCUGCUGGAUCAACAGGAGGAAAGAAUGAACAAGAUUCAGGAUUUCAUUGAAAGCAAACUGAAGGAGUAAGGGUCAAAGCCAAAAAGUGUGCCAAAGGAAGUCAGUGUCACACAAACUGGAUUAUCCAUAGCAUCAUCCCAAACCUCAUUUUUUACUCUCAUCUCCCUGUACAUGUAAUGUUACUGAUGUUUGCAUUCCCAUUAUAUAUUAGCUUUUUGUUUUGCUUCACACAUUUGUGUUCAGUCACCCUGUCUAGAGUGUAUAGUUGGUUGAUAAUAUUAGGAUCAUACCAAGAUUCGCACAAUCAACAUGUGGACAAAAGGUAAAAGGCAGAAGACAUCAAGGGUUUUGUUCUAAAAUAAUCAUGUCCCUUAUCGAAAACGCACUUUGUACUACACAUGAAUACCAACUGAGUAUUUAUUGCAG